GUGUUGUUUGGGUUUGUAGUUGUUUUUAUGGGCUCUCUUCACUGCGGCUCAUGUUCAUAUUUGGCUUCCUUCAUCCUUCGUUUUCCACCCACGCCACGGUUACAAAUCCAGUACGAGGCUACUAAAGAGGAUCGGGAUCGGCAAGCUGUAAAAUUGGAAACGCGUUAACGGACACUGAAGGUUUAGUUUGUGAAGUAGUCGUACAAAUGCGUAGGUAGUCACUUGGUUGGUGGGUCUCCUUCGAGACUAGAAUAACAUUGGGCCGGCUUGGUCUGGGGCUAAUGACAAGAAUUCCGUUGGAAGGUCUUGAUGGUCCGGCAUGAGCAGUAACUGCUCGAUGCGGAGAGGGAAGGGAGAGUGUUGACGCAGUCAGAAAGCACUGUGAUUAUGCUGCUGUGCUGGUAACAACAGCUCCCCUAACUCCAGUGUACAGAAAGAUGAAUGAUGUUGACGUCACCACCACCGCCAGUGAUACUGCGCCUGGUCUGCCGAUAGCACGCGUUGUUUCCACUGGGACGGCAGAUGUGUGUCGCAUAUCUAGCGUGCAGGUGGCACAGCGCGAACUGGAGGACGAGAGGCAGUUCAUGGAGUCCAUUCGUCAGCAUCGUGUCCUCUACGAUCGAACAUGCCAGGAAUAUCGUGAGAACAAGAUGCGGGCCAAUGCCUGGCAUGAUGUGUGCAAGGAAACUGGUCUGCCACUCAAUGAGGUGCAGAAAAGGUACAGCACGGUGCGCACCCGUCUGUCCAGGUACCUGAAAUCACUGUACGAGAGUUCGGGAGAAGGGUGGACAGACGAUCUGCCUAUGCCCAGGGAGUUUGAGCACGUCCGCUGGCUAAUCGUUCACAUUCGUCACCGGAAAAGCACGUCACGCGGCAAGCGCAGGUCCGACAGUCAGCAGUGUGAGAAUCCUACUGAUGACGAAAUGGACUACGGCGAUGUCUUCCCUCCUGCCGAUGAUGAAGCGCCUGAGCACGCAUCAUCAUCGGCGACUGUUACGUACAGUGAGCAUACAGGCAUUGCUCAUCCAGUGCAUGAGCCUUCACGACCAAUCAACAUGAUCAAGAGAAAGAGAACACCUUCGCACCCAACUACGCCGUCGACAACUGAGGCAACCUCCAGAAGGAGACCAGCAUCCUCCGAGCCACCACCAGUGAUGGCAGUAGAUUCGAAAGCGUCUUACGGCCCGAGCUGGUGCGACGCGGACGACGAGGAUCGCUUGUUCUGCCUCAGCCUGGUGUAUCACCUGAAGAAGCUGCCUCCGCGCUCUCUGACUCGCAUGAGCCUGCAGCGCAUCCUUCACGAUGCUCAGUUUGGCAGCUGCAUGGAGCCUCAGUACUCGAUGCAAGCCGCCGCUAACAUUCAGCCGGUGCCGUUUGCGCACACCUGGCCAAGCUACUAUUCGCCAGGCAACACUGCUGCGGCAAAUCCCGUUCACCCAACUCCCGGCAUGCCCAGGCCAGACUUGGCACGAUCUGGCGGCUGCAUGCCGGUCACUUCUCAACCCAACCUGGUUGGUGGCAACGGUGGUGUUAACCGGAGUACGUAAACGGUUAGAUCACCGUGUGCUUCCCGCCAUCGUCCUGACCAGCCAAUGGCCCCUGAUUUUUUAGCAGACUUGCUGUGACUCGCCGGACUAGGCGCGAUCUGCCAGAUAUAUGCCUGGCAGUUCUCCGCCCGACUUGGCUUCCCGCCAAUGACGGUGUUACCUGGAGUGCAUACAUGGUUAGAACAUUGUGUGCUUCCCGCCAUUGUCCUGACCGACCAAUGACCCCUGAUUUUCGAAGCACAGCCGUAAAUGACCCUUGAUUUUCGGCAGAACAGCCGUAACUCCUGCCGCUAACAACAGCGGCACAUUUUGCUUUCCCCGACGACAACAAUCGAUAGUGAUUCGAAGUGGUCGGUUGUCGUAACUAGCUCGGCAUCCCGUUCUCCGCGCUCUUCUCCCGAUCGCCUUGCUAACCAUAUGCAACGUGUUCGCCGCUACAUGCAUGACUUCUUUGUUCUCUCACUGGCACAGCUCUGGUAGAAUUGCUUGCAAUUUCAGUGGGAUGAUAGCAUGGUUUGCUUCAGAUGAGCCCUCUUGUUUAGACGAAAAAGCAAACCGCUACUUUUUCCAUCUCUUUUCCGUUCCUUGUUUGGGUUUUGUUUUGUUUUGUUUUUGUUCUACUAGAUGCUUUCAGUUUUUCUUCAAAUUUCUUAUGCACUUGUCCAGUUCCUAGCGCUGGCUGAGAGAAUCCCUACAGCAUAGCUCUCAGUACUAUUUUUGGUGCUGUCUUGUCUAGGACACGAACCGUUGACAGCUUUGCUGGCCUAGCAGUCAUAACUCACAGCACGAAAGGCAGUGAAUCCAUCAUUUAUACUGACAUAGCAGACCGGAGCGUGUGCACAUGGUUGCUUACUCCUCGCACUAGUAUCCCCUGCUGUGUCAGAGCUGCUGAUAGUGUUCAAUAAACAGAUUUUCUCUAACUCGGUG